UACUACGGCACGGUGCGCUACGGCGCGCUCGAGCUCUGCGUGCCCGCCUGGGAGGACGCGCGCCGGCGCGCCCUGGACGUGGCCACCUUCGCCGCCGGCUACCUGCUGCCGGUGGCCGUGGUGAGCCUGGCCUACGGGCGCACGCUGCGCUUCCUGUGGGCCGCCGUGGGCCCGGCGGGCGCAGCGGCCGAGGCGCGGCGGCGAGCCACGGGCCGCGCGGGGCGUGCCAUGCUGGCCGUGGCCGCGCUCUACGCGCUCUGCUGGGGCCCGCACCACGCGCUCAUCCUCUGCUUCUGGUACGGCCGCUUCGCCUUCAGCCCGGCCACCUACGCCUGCCGCCUCGCCUCGCACUGCCUCGCCUACGCCAACUCCUGCCUCAACCCGCUCGUCUACGCGCUCGCCUCGCGCCACUUCCGCGCUCGCCUCCGCCGCCUCUGGCCCUGCGGCCCCCGCCGCCGCCGCCACCGCUCCCGCUGCGCGCCGGGCGCCCGCCGCGCCCUCCGUCGCGUCCGCCCCGCGUCCUUGGACCCGGCCGGCUGCCCCGGGGACGCCCGGCCUCGCGGGAGGCUGCGGGCGGGCGGCGGCUGGGACGGAGAGCUUGCCCGAGGAGGAGAGCCUGGACGGGCCCUGCCGGCCGCGGGACCGUAAUAAACCUGGCCCGCCUGGACCCUGCUGGAUGUCUGUCUGUCUGUCCCUUUCCCCAAGGGCAGGGUGCCCCUGAGCCAGGAGGAUGGGGCCAACGCCAGGAGCUCGCUGAUUCCACAGAGGAACCGGUCAGCCCCGCCCCCAGCAGUGCUGCCCGGAGGGGUCAGCCCCCUCCCCCAGCAGUGCUGCCGGGAGGUCCGCCCACAGCCCGGCUAGCAGGAGGCGGUCUGUGCCCAGCAUCCUUCUCCGUGGGCUCCGUCUAAGCCCUCGGCCUCCUCCACCCCGUCUCCAAGCCUCCUCUCGGCCCCAAGUCCUGUCCCUAAGUGAUGCAAUACCAGCAGCUAAUAUAGAAAAUCUUCAUUAAGCGCUUAC